AUGGCUCGUCGCGCAGCACCAGCAAACGCAACACCUGCAUUCUUCACAGCACCUCCACGCCGUCAAAUCGCUGAUCCAAACGAGUCUGCUUUAUCCCGCUUCAUUCGAGAGCAAAUCACUGCUCCAGAAAAAUUACCCGGGAACAUCAGCAUCAUGACGGGAGUUAGUGUUUUUGCAGCUGGAAUAUUUGUCGCCAGGACAUGGGGAGACAUUGACCGUUACUACCCCCAAAAUGGCUUGAAAGCUGUUGACACAUCAUGUUGCACCUGCAUAUCUCCACCUUGA